GCCUCUCUAUGCUCUGUCAGCUGCUGGACCGUGAACAUUACGACAGCAGGAGAAAUUUUUUCCCUCGAGAGUUUUCCCAGCAGUCUGGUCGUCUAUCGUGAAAAAUUGUGCAUUUUCUGGUGAAAAUUUGCGUACAAAUGGCCAUGCAAGGGGCCCACCGAAGCUAAUCGAAACGAGCUUCAUCACAAAAUCAAGGAUUUAUUACGCUGUGUUUUAGUUGUUUCCAGUUGUUGAGUUUUUUGUUUUUCUAUUGCAAUUGUUAACCAUUUUCGUUCCUGCAAGUGCAAACGGUGUCUGUUUUCACAUUCCAUCACUGAGCAAACAAGGGGAAAUAGUUUUACAGAAAAGCGAUUGUUAAAAAAUGAGUUCAUCACAUUGGGAAGACUUUUACGCGACCCACCUGCCGCCAAACUGCUUCGAGGACAACCGAUCGCUGCUGAAGGAGUUUUGCGACAGGCACUUUAAACUCAAGAGCAACAUCGUCCUCAUUACGUCUGGUGGCACAACGGUUCCCUUAGAACAUAACACGGUGCGCUUUGUGGACAACUUUAGCGCCGGCAAUCGUGGUUCUGCGUCGGCCGAGUACUUUCUCGAGCAUGGGUACGCCGUGAUCUUCAUGUACCGUACCAAGUCGUUGGAACCGUUUACGCGGCACUUUAGCGGCCAGCAGUUGCUCGACAUGCUGGAGCUGCACGAGGAGGGCAUGAGCACGACGAUUACCGUCAAGCCAGAUUCGGUGGACGUGUUGGCACCGAUACUGGACAAGUACAAAAACGCCCAGGAGACGAACCGGAUGUUGUACAUUACGUUUACCAGUGUGGUGGACUACAUGUGGUUGCUGCGGGCAGCUUGUGAGUGCUUGGCUGCCUUUGAGAGGAAUGCUGUGCUGUACCUUGCGGCGGCCGUGUCAGACUUUUACGUGCCCCAAGAUGAGAUGCCAACGCACAAGAUCCAGUCCGGUCACGGUGCGCCAACCAUCUCGCUGCAGUUGGUACCGAAAAUGCUGGCUCCGUUGGUCAGCCUCUGGGUUCCACUGGCAUACGUGGUCUCAUUCAAGCUGGAAACCGACGAGGCCAUCCUGAUUGCCAAGUCUCGCGAAAGUCUCAACAAGUACAAGCACAAACUGGUGAUCGCAAACGUACUGCAGACCCGCAAAAACCGCGUGGUUUUCGUGACACCGACCAAGGCGUACGACGUGCUACUUUCGAAGGAGCAAGCCCACAAGGGCCAGGAAAUUGAGGAACAAAUCGUUGCGGACAUUGUAGACCGGCACCAGGAAUUUGUCCGCGAUGGGGAACUGCAUCAGCAGCAACAUCAGCAAUGACCCAUGCGAUCGCCGAGGGCACUCAGCGGACAGCAUCAGCAUUUUCAGCAACAGCAACACCAGCAACAGGUCCAGCACCAGCCGCAGGGGACUGCCGGGUGACGAUGCCGCACUUUUGCAAGGUGCUGAACCCGGGGCGAAAGUACUGAGCUGAGUUCCUGGGCGUACAGAACCGGACUACGGUUCCACGGUAGUUCCUCCGCAUUAAGGAGACAGUUUUUUUUCUGGUUUAUGGUUCUUCUGUCAGAAUUUUGGUAAAAAAAAAUUGCGAUAGGAUGAAACGUUUGUUUAUAGUGAAAGGGGGACAAAACAGUAAAGGUUAACGUAAUUGUCGUCUGGUAACUAUACGAUAUAUAACAUACAUAUAUGUAUUGAUGACUGUGUCUGUGUAGUGUGUAAUCAAUAGUGAAAUGACAACAAUUGGCAACCGAAAAAGGAUAAAAAUUAGUGCACGCUAUUGUAACGUUUAGACAGUGAAGUGAACCUUAACUGAGUGUGUAGUGAAAAUUAAUAUUGAAAUUGUACUACAAAAUAAAACCUUGCUUUAUAAGGUGGCAGUUUAGAGGUGACCCUACAACAAUAGGUAAACGUUCCUCACAUCUUAAAGUUUUGACAUUUUUAUACUUUAACACAAAAUCAUAGACAAACCUCCGACUGUCGAUGUCAUCUGAGAGACAUUGACAUUGGUCUCUCUUUCAUCAGAAGUGCUGAUGAGUAGCCAGCUCCAAACCUUCAUCUACCGUAAAGUAAUGAAAACCACUGUCAAUGUCUCUAAAAACUGGCAACCCAAGCGAGGAAAUUGCAUUUUAACCCCGACAUUAUAAACCCUCACGAAGGCCUCCAAUCGCAACUGAGACUCAAGAACAACACUCCCAUGAAACGCAUCGGUCCAACAGUAGUGAAGCAGACAAAAAAAAAUACGCUAGGCACUUGGCAGCAAGGGAUUCGUAGUGUCAAACAUUUGGAAUAAAUACAAUCUAGUGAUUGCCAAUAGCAGCAAAUAGUCAUUCCGUAAAAGAUGAAAUGCGUAGCUGAAAAGAGCGGGACCUAUUUACAGCUUAAGUUAGACUUUCUUUUGUUCAAGUGCAAUACAGAAACCGUACAGUGUUAAGCCCGUUCCACACAGUCUGCCGGAAAUGAUAAUCAUUUUUACCUUAAAUCCCACUCACGGACUAACGAACGUAAUAGAACAAAAGGAUGUGUUGUUAUAAAAUACAAAUAUAUACUUUCUAAACGAAUGAAGAAAAACUGAAAAUGCUGUGCUUAGUUUAAGUGUUCUUAAGAUGAAAAAUAAAUCGAAAGAAGCUGUGUGCUAAAAAAGUGUUAGCAAAACGAAGAACCUCGUGUAAUCUUUGAAUAGAACCAACAUAAAAAUCAAAACAACCUGAUGUUUCAGUUUCAGACAUAUCAAAAUCAAACAUCGCAUGACCAAUUCGUAAACCGCAAGUUAAAUUUCCACCCAACAAAAACAUAAACGUGUCGUUUUAUGGCCAGUAAUGAAUAUUUUAAUGUGAGCCUGCUCCUGAAAAGUAUCGUACUAAAGAAGAGUAAAUCUUCAGAUAACUUGUAGAAUAGUAAGACAGAAUAUAACAUUUAAAAAAUAAUAUGAAGGAAAAAAUAUCCACCUUGUUAGAGCAGUCCCCUGAAGUAAAAAAAAAAAACAAAAAGUGAACAAAUGUGACGACCAUUUAGAGGCGCUGCAACUGCAACUGUUACAAGAAGGUCCUAUACACCAACAUAGCGAAACUGAUAGGAGAAUAGCGAGCUGUUACUAGAGUUAGCGAAUCUAAGCGAUUUAAACCCCUUAACAAGUGAUGGUUAUUAUUGAAAAAUGUAGAAACAUCUUACGUCUACCCUUGAACAAGCGGAAAAGUAUAAAAUUUUAAAUGUUAGCCCUGUUUGUGGCCAAAAAAGGAAUGCAUUGAAUUUGAUUAGUAAGGUAGCAAAGGGAAAUUUUUCGAAAAAAAAACAUGAAAAAGGAAGAUUUUUAGCUUUUAACGCGACUACCAAGUUGUUACACAUGCGAUGGAAUUAUCUAAUUUUUUGCUAGACGUUUUUAAACAAAUUUUUGGCAUUUGUAAAAAGUACAGUCCAUAGAUUUGACUUUCACUUUUGGGGCAAUGACUGUCAAUGAUGGUUCUGAAUUCAGGGUCCAGAAAUAGUAAAUUGAAAUGAAAAAAUAAUCUAUAUGUGUAAAAUGCUUCUACAAACAACACCUUGAAAAACAUUUUUUGAUUGGUGCAUUCUGAUUCUUGCCUUGGAUGUUUUUUUUUUCUAAAGCAAACAUAGUCGCCAAACAUGGCCGCCAAAUGGCCGAUCGGGAAUGAUGCCUUUCAGAGCCUUAGAUAUUUCGCGCAUAAGAGAAGAGCAGCGAACUCAGUUGAAAAUUUCUCCGUAAGUAUUUUUAAUUUCGGUUCUAAACUGGUAAUUUUUUGGUAAUCGUAACAUCUGGGCAUUCAAGAAGGGCAACCUAUAUUCGUCCAUGUUAAACAGCUGGUUUGGAAAUAAAUAGGUCAGUAUAUUGAAAAGAUUCGAUGAUUUUAAUGGAUUUGCAUACAGUGACAGUGGAAUUUACUUAGAUGAUAUUCUCAAUAAAAUAAAGCGAAUGAAAAUCCAAUAGUUCUCCAUUGAUAGAGCGGUAAAAAAAACCUUUAAGGUACGGUAAGCGUGCGCUUUAGACAAAAGUUAGGUGAAAUAGUAAGCUAUAAUAUGGAACAAUAUACAUACCACACAAACACAACUAUUCAACAUGUAUUUGGAGUUGGAAAAGAAGCAGAAAAAUGUGUAUUAACUAUUAAAGGUCCCUUUCAGUAGGAAAGGCUAUAACAUUACACUGGGAAUGGAAAAUCGUCUAUGUAAACACAAACAGAUAGAAAUAUUAUGAAUAAAACUUAGUGAAAGCUAAA